UGUAUUAAUGUGCGUAAACAUCACAAAGUGUUGUUGUUGUUGCUGAAGACGUCUCAGAAUGAAAUAAGUUCUGAACAAAAAGAUGAAAUGCUCAAAGUAAAAACUGAGUUUUAAGACACCAAAUGAUGUCUGGAGAGACGAGGCUGAGGAGGUCCUCCAGGGGGCCAAGGCUCUCCAAGGACCCUGAAGCCCCCUGGGAGCCUCGGAGCCGGGGCCACAGAGAGCCCUGAAGACGUUCUGGAUGUGAGGGACACGGCUCGAGGAGGAGGAGGAGGCUGAUGACCCGCGUGGUGCUUCACGCUACACUACCAAAAAAAUUAAUUUCCAUGGCUAUUUGAAGACUUUUUGAACUGAGAUCCCAAGCGAUGCUUUUGGUUUAAAAUGUUUUUAUUUAGAAUCUACACGACACACAUGUGGAGGAAUCUACUACAAACACGAUUGAAACGCACCGUAUAUUUAUAUCAGCAACUUCAUUUGUCCAUUCGGCUUGUAAAAGGAGAAAAGUACGUCUUUAAAACACUAAUGCUCAGAUAUCACCAAAUAAAACCCCAACAAGCACCUUAAACUAAAAGAAUGAGCUAUAGAGACCCUUAAUAUUCACAUUAAUUGAAGCUCCGCCCCCUUUGAACUUUUCCCUUUUUUUACAUUGUGAAUGAAUGGUCCAUUUUUAAAGUGUUGAUUAUCAAGAGGCAGACACUAGGAACACGUGAAUGAGCUGACCCCUAACCCCUGUCCUGCUCUGCAACAGAUACACCUUCAGAUCUCAGGGGGUCAGAGGUCACACUGCAGACCUGAGACCUGAAGCACAGUGAUCAGGUUUAUUGUGAAGCACUUUAAUAAUCAUAAUCCAUAAUCUACGGGUAAUUAAAAGAAUGAUUAGAUUACAAAUCCCAUUAAAUUUCUUUAAUUACACCUCCGAAGUGAAAUAAUGAAGUUUAAAGAUUCACGUGCAGCCUUUAACUUUUCAAAAACAUUGGGGAUGUUUUUAUUUUUUGCAGCGGGCGCUCGUUGCCUCACACGCACACACACACGCCCGCGCGCACAGCCCGACGGACCGUCUCCUGCUGGAGCUCAAGGACUGAAGGACGCCGCAAAGCGUGGCCGAUAAGCGGCUUUAAUCGGCUAAUUUGGCCCCGGUGGCCUCCGGCAGGAGCCUGACACACACGUACACGCAGCCCGCUGAGGACCGCCCGCUAAGGACCGCCUGCUGAGGACCGCCCGCUAAGGACCGCCCUCUGAGGACCGCCCGCUGAGGACUAGCCUCUGAGGCCCACCCGCUAAGGACCGCCCGCUGAGGACUGGCCUCUGAGGCCCACCCGCUAAGGACCGCCCUCUGAGGACCGCCCGCUGAGGACCGCCCGCUAAGGACCGCCCUCUGAGGACCGCCCGCUAAGGACCGCCCUCUGAGGACCGCCCGCUGAGGACCGCCCGCUAAGGACCGCCCGCUGAGGACCGCCCUCUGAGGACCACCCUCUAAGGACCGCCCUCUGAGGACCGCCCGCUGAGGACAGCCCGCUGAGCACCGCCCUCUAAGGACCACCCUCUAAGGACCGCCCUCUAAGGACCGCCCGCUGAGGACCGCCCGCUGAGGACCGCUCGCUAAGGACCGCCCGCUGAGGACCGCUCGCUAAGGACCGCCCGCUGAGGACUAGCCUCUGAGGACCGCUCGCUAAGGACCGCCCGCUGAGGACCGCCCGCUGAGGACCGCCCGCUGAGGACCGCCCGCUGAGGACCGCCCGCUGAGGACCGCCCGCUGAGGACCGCCCGUCACGGCGUCCCUCCUCCGGGAGCUUUUGACUGUUUCCUACAUGUGACGCAGCGACAGCUAGUCGGCGCUCCGUGUUCCUCCUGUGGAGAACAAACGGCGUCAGAGGAUCAGCAGCACGCCAAGAACACGCCGCCGGGGACGGAUUUUAUAUGUUGAAGUUCAUCUUUUCAGAAUAAAAGGUUUUCACAAAACAAAAAAAAGCUGGUUGUUAAGAUGUGUAUGUGUGUGUAUGUGUGUGGUCGUAACAAAGAUCAGUUCAGCUUGAGGAACGUCAGAUCUUUGCCUCCAGACCUACGAACAUAUGAUCAUUUUAUAGAAUCUGAUGGUCAUCUGGAUUAACUGAGCAACACUCUAAAGGAGUUAAAAGUGAAAGAAACAAUCUGAUAAUAUAAUAAAAUACACCAACAAGGAAGAUGUUACUAUUAAUACUUUUGUUCAUUUGUCUGAUAAUACUUGAAGUGAGUAGUGAGUAUCAGUGGUUCAGUGUGGUACUAGUACUUUUACUAGUAGUGAGUAUCAGUGUUCACAGUGUGGUAGUACUAGUACUUUUACUAGUAGUGAGUAUCAGUGGUUCAGUGUGGUACUAGUACUUUCCCUUCAGUUCAGGUUGUGAUUCCUUCCUCCACCGCUCCCUCUUGGCGACGGGCCACUGAGAGGAGGAUCAACUCUGAGAUAAGAGUCUAAAGGUCACUUCCUGAAGUUUAAGUAAAGUGAGUCAGAAACAGCGAGACAUGUCUCUCUGUUUCUCUCUAAAGAAACAUUCAACUGAAUACAGUAGCUGCUUCUCAACAACAACAACAACAACAGAAUCUUUGACAAAACACGGACUGUAGACAUGUCUGCUGCCAGCUGUCAGCUGACUGAGGGUCAGUUCCUGUGCUCCAUCUGUCUGGAUGUGUUCACUCAUCCAGUCACCACACCAUGUGGACACAACUUCUGUAAAGCCUGCAUCACUCAACACUGGAACGUCAAUGUCCCCUAUCAGUGUCCUAACUGUAAGAAGCGUUUCUCCAGGAGACCUGAGCUGCAGGUCAACACCUUCAUCUCUGAGAUGGCUGCUCAGUUCAGACAGGCAGCUCAACAGGAAGCCAGCAGCAGCAGCUCAGAGCAACAAGCUGCCAAACCAGGAGAAGUUCCCUGUGACGUCUGCACUGGAACCAAACGGAAGGCCCUGAAAUCCUGCCUGGUAUGUCUGGAGUCCUACUGUGAGACUCACCUGGAGCCUCACCUGACAAGACCAGGUCUGAAGAGACAUCAGCUGAUGGAACCUGUGGAGAACCUGGAAGGCAGGAUGUGUCUGAAGCAUCAAGAUAAACCUCUGGAGCUGUUCUGUCAGACCGACCAGACGUGUGUCUGCACGCUCUGCGGUGAUCUAGACCACAAGAACCACCAUGUUGUUCCUCUUGUAGAAGGAUAUGAAGGAAAGAAAGCCGAGAUGAAGAAGACUGAGGCUGAAACCAAGGAGAUGAUCCAGAAGAGACGCCUGAAGAUUCAGGAGCUCAAACACUCGGUGCAGCUCAGUGCGGAACAAGCAGACAGAGAGAUAGCAGGUGGUGUUCAGGUCUUGACCGCUCUGAAGGAGUUUGUUGAGAGAAGCCAGGCCGAGCUCAUCCUCAGGAUCAAAGAGAAGCACAGAAACACAGAGAAACAGGCUGAAGGCUUCAUCCAAGAGCUGGAACAGGAACUCUGUGAGCUGGAGAAGAGAAGCACUGAGGUGGAGCAGCUCUCACGCUCUGAAGACCACCUCCACCUCCCCCAGAGCCUCAGGACCCUGAAGGCUGCUCCACCCACCAAGAACUGGACCGGAGUCAGAGUCCGUCCACCUUCCUAUGAGGGGACAGUGAUGAGAGCUGUGAAGCAGCUGGAGGAGACGCUCAGCAAUCAGAUGAAGAAGCUGUUUGAGGGCGAGCUGAAGAGGGUCCAGCAGUCUGCAGUGGAUGUGACUCUUGAUCCUGAUUCAGCACAUCCUGAACUCAUCCUGUCUGAUGAUAGAAAACAAGUUGAACAUGGUGAUGUAAAGAAGAAUCUUCUAGACAACCCAAAGAGAUUUGAUUAUAGUCUUAUCGUCUUAGCAAAGCAGAGUUUCUCUUCAGGAAGAUCUUACUACGAGGUUCAGGUUGAAGGAAAGACUAAGUGGGAUUUAGGAGUGGUGAGAGAGUCCAUCAACAGGAAGGGAAGAAUCACAGCGUCUCCUCAGGAAGGUUUCUGGACGAUAUGUUUGAGGAAUGAGAACGAGUAUUACACUCUUGCUGACCCUUCAGUCCAUCUCUUUUUGAAGUCUCAUCCUCAGAAGGUGGGGGUGUUGGUGGAUUAUGAGGAGGGUCUGGUCUCCUUCUAUGACGUUGAUACUGCAGCUCUUAUCUACUCCUUUACUGGCUGCUGCUUCACUGAGAAACUCUUCCCAUCCUUCAGUCCAAGUCGUAAUGAAGGUGGUAUAAACUCUGCUCCUCUGAUCAUCUCUCCUGUCAAUCACACAGAGUAGAACUACCACUGGAUUACCAUGAUAGUUCGAGCACACUCUCCGGUGCCCCUUUUUGAAAAUGGGAACCACUACCCCGGUCUGCCAGUCCAAGGGCACUGUUCCUGACCCCCAUGUGACAUUGAAGAGGCGUGUCAGCCAAGACAGCCCAACAAUGUCCAGCGACUUCAGCAUCUCAGGGCGGAUCUCAUCCACCCCCGACGCCUUGCCACCAAGGAGAUUUUGACAACCUUGGCGGCCUCUGCCAGGGAUAUUAGCACCAAGUCUACAGGCACUGUCCUGUAUAGAGGGGACAUGUUGGCCGGAUUUAGGAGUUCCUCAAAAUGCUCUUUCCACCGUCCGGUGAUGUCCCUCGUCCGGGUCGGCAGAUCCCCCCCUGUCAGCCUGGGCUGGGCCUUUAAGGCCAACCGAAAGUCCUUCGUCAUGGCCUCCCACAAACUCCUCCCAUGCCCCAGUUUUUGCAUCCGCGACCAACGCAGCUGCAGCCCUUCUGGGCUGCCGGUACCUGUCAGCUGCUUCAGGACAGCAGCUAACAGGCACCAAUGAUCUUCCGACCCCAGUUCCUUUCGGCCACUUCCACAAUAGAGGCUUUGAACACGAUCCACUCGGAUUCCAUGUCCCCAACCUCUCUCGGGAUGUGUGAGAAGUUCAUCCGGAGGUGGGAGUUGAAGACCUCCCGGACAGGGUCCUCCACAAGACGUUCCCAUUUUACCAGCACUACACGUUUGGGCUUGCCAGGUCUUUCUAGCCGACUCCCCCGCCAUCUGAUCCAACUCACCACCAGGUGGUGAUCAGUUGAGAGCUCUGCUCCUCUCUUCACCCGAGUGUCCAAAUCAGAUGAUACGAUUACAAAGUCGAUCAUUGAUCUCCGGCCUCAGGUGUUCUGGUACCCGGUCCACCUUAUGUUCGAACAUGGUGUUCGUUAUGGACAAACCGUGGCUAGCACAGAAGUCCAAUCACAGAACACCGAUCGGGUUCAGAUCGGGCAAGCCGAUCCUCCCAAUCACCCCCCGCCAGGUUUCUCUGUCAUUGCCCACGUGAGCGUGGAAGUGUCCCAGUAGAGCUAUGGAGUCGGCAGGCGAUGCCCUUUCCAGGACCACCGACUACAAACGGACUACUGCGUUUGGUGCAUAUGCACAAACCAGUCAGAGCCUUACUCCCUGCAACCCUUAGGCGCAGAGAGGCGACCCUCUCGUUCUCCGGGGCAAACUCCAACACAGCAGCGCUCAGCCGGGGGCUUGUGAGUAUCCCCACUCCCGCCCGGCGCCUCACCCUGGGCAACUCCAGAAAAGAAGAGAGUCCAACCUUCUCCAGGAGCUUGGUUCCAGAGCCAGUGCUGUGCGUGGAGGUGAGCCCAACUCUAUCUAGCUGGUACCGCUCCACCUCCCGCACCAGCUCCGGAUCUUUCCCCGCUGGUGAGGUUCCACCUUCUUAGAGCUCGUCUAUGCUGUCGGGGAUCGCCUCGCCCAGGCCCCCUGCCUGGCCAGCCGCCCGGUCUACAUAGCACCCGACCCCGAUGAUUGUCCCUGCGGGUGGUGGGUCCACAGGGUGGCUGCUCCAUGUUGUUUCUUCAAGCUGAGCCCAACCGGGCCCCAUAGGCGAAGGCCCGGCCACCAGUCGCUCGCCGGCGAAAUGUGAAUGUAACAUGCUCGAGCCUAACCCCGCCCCCACGCCCCUCCACAGCUGAGCCUAACCACGCCCACACUCCCCUCCGCAGCUGAUUCUUACCACGCCCACACUCCCCUCCACAGCUGACCCUAACCACGCCCGCACUCCCCUCCGCAGCUGAGCCUUAACAUCCCCCCCUCUCCCCUCCGCAGCUGAGCCUUAACACCCCCCCUCUCCCCUCCACAGCUGAGCCUAACCACGCCCACACUCCCCUCCGCAGCUGAUUCUUACCACGCCCCCACUCACCUCUGCAGCUGACCCUAACCACACCCCCACUCAUCUCUGCAGCUGACCCUAACCACACCCCCUCUCCCCAUCGCAACUGAGCCUAACCACAUUUUUCAUUCAUUUUUGUACCCAAACUGUACUCAGGUAAAAUGUUGAGGUGCCUUUGCUUCACUUUAGUAUUUCUAUGUUCUGAAACUUUUUACUCCUCCACUACAUCUCAGAGGUAAAUAAUGUACAUUUUGGUGAUGAUGCAUUUCAGAUUAUCUUAAAACUCUUCGCCCGGUCUCCUUUCAAAUGGAACUUGUGUUUUUUUUAAAUUUAAUUAAAAACAUUGAAAACAAAACAAAAAGUCUGUCUUGAAACAAUACUCAAAUGUG